AAUGAAUGAAUGGUAGAUAAAUCAAAAAUCCGCUUUGUAAUCAUCACGAAGUAGGUGAAUUUAUUUGCUAAAUUUUAAUAAUUUUGUGCUGAAAAGGUAUCCUGAAAUGGGACAAAAUCAAUCUGGAGGUGGCAGCGGGGGAGACAAGAAAGAUGACAAAGACAAAAAGAAGAAAUAUGAACCCCCAAUUCCUACGAGAGUCGGCAAAAAGAAGCGUAAGGCUAAGGGUCCAGAUGCUGCUCUGAAAUUGCCACAAGUCACGCCCCAUACAAGAUGUCGGUUGAAGUUGCUAAAGUUGGAAAGAAUCAAAGACUACCUAUUAAUGGAGGAAGAGUUCAUUCGCAAUCAGGAGAGGCUCAAGCCACAGGAGGAGAAAAUCGAAGAAGAAAGGUCGAAGGUUGAUGAUCUAAGAGGAACCCCAAUGUCUGUGGGUAACCUGGAGGAGAUCAUUGAUGACAAUCAUGCCAUAGUGUCCACUUCAGUGGGAAGUGAGCACUAUGUGAGCAUUCUAUCCUUUGUGGAUAAGGAUCAACUGGAGCCUGGUUGUUCCGUGUUACUGAACCAUAAGGUCCAUGCUGUUGUGGGCGUGCUAGGAGAUGACACAGACCCCAUGGUAUCUGUGAUGAAACUGGAAAAAGCUCCACAGGAAACCUAUGCUGAUAUUGGUGGUCUGGAUACACAAAUUCAAGAAAUAAAGGAAUCAGUGGAGCUGCCUCUUACCCACCCGGAAUAUUAUGAGGAAAUGGGUAUAAAACCACCCAAGGGAGUUAUUCUAUAUGGCCCACCAGGAACUGGGAAGACUCUGCUUGCAAAGGCGGUUGCCAACCAGACUUCAGCCACAUUCCUGCGUGUUGUAGGCUCUGAACUUAUUCAAAAAUACCUGGGAGACGGUCCUAAAUUAGUUCGGGAGUUGUUCAGAGUUGCAGAGGAACAUGCGCCGUCUAUUGUAUUUAUUGAUGAAAUUGAUGCAGUGGGCACUAAACGUUAUGACUCUAACUCUGGUGGAGAAAGAGAAAUUCAAAGAACUAUGUUGGAGUUACUUAAUCAGCUAGAUGGAUUUGAUUCUCGAGGAGAUGUUAAGGUGAUUAUGGCCACGAACCGUAUAGAGACAUUAGAUCCGGCACUCAUUCGUCCAGGGCGUAUUGAUCGAAAGAUCGAAUUCCCAUUGCCUGAUGAAAAAACUAAGAGGAGGAUCUUUACCAUACAUACAUCAAGAAUGACACUAGCUGAUGAUGUCAAUUUGUCUGAACUCAUUAUGUCUAAGGAUGAUCUCUCUGGUGCUGACAUUAAGGCAAUAUGCACAGAAGCAGGCUUGAUGGCUUUAAGAGAGCGACGUAUGAAGGUUACUAAUGAAGAUUUUAAGAAAUCUAAAGAAAGUGUUCUUUACAGGAAGAAGGAAGGAACACCUGAAGGACUAUAUCUCUAAUGUCUUAUGUGUCCUGCUAAUAUGUUAAGAAUUCCAUGUGUGUGGUCAUGACCUUGAAAGGAUUAUAAAGAGAAAAUUUGAAUUUAGUAUUGUAUUGCAAUUAAAUCAUUUUACUUUGUAUGGUUUGUGUAACUCACAUGCAAAUUACUGCAGGAUACAGAACAUUGCAUUAAAAAUAAAUAAAUUAAAACAAUAAAAUAAUC